AUGGCUCGAGGACUCACAAGCCCAGCCACCUGGGCGCCGCGGCUGGGGCUGACAGGGGGCCGGAUGAUGGCGUCGCCUUCGAAACCGACAGCCCCAGACAGAAAGUCCCAUGGCCUGGUGCAUUCCUCAUCGACAGUGACGGCCGCUCCGUCCGUGCCGCAGCCGGAGAGUGAGCAGCCACAGUCGCCGACGAAGCCAACCGCCAGCGCCAGGGCUAGCUCGACGCCUUCGGACCUGCCGGGCGGCCAAGAGGCAGUGGCAGCAGCAGAAGGCAGCGAUGGUGGCGCGCCUCCCGAACCACCGCCGGAGCUGCAGCCGCUGCAGGACUGUGGCCGUUUGCUGAACCGGCUGUCGCAGUCGCUGCUGGCGUCCAUGCUGGACGUGCCGUCGCGCGUCCAGUGGAACCUGCUGGUGUCGCCCAUCUCACUUGCCACCGCCCUGGCCUCGCUCGUCGCGGGCUGUGAGGGCCCCACCAAGGAGGACCUGUGCAACCUGCUGCGUCUCACGCUGCCCGAGGUCGAGGCCAUCGUCGAGCGCUUCAAGAUCGAGGCGGCGGAGCACAUGUUCUACGUGGCGAACCGGAUGUUCCUGCAGUCCAACUGCCCGCUGCUGGCCACCUUCCGGUCGCAGGUCGAGGCCAAGUACAUGACUUCCGCGCAGAACGUGGACUUCGAGAUCCUGCCCACGGAGGUGGACGGUCUGCGGCUCACCCAGCAGAGCCUGCUGGCUGGUGACACCCUGUGGGAGGUGACACGGCUGCUGCGCCCUCGGGCCAACGUGCGCCUCGGCCUGCCCAUGUUCGUGCUCAAGGCACGCAACAAGAUGCGAGACCUGCUCGAAGGGCUCGGCUCGCAUCGGCCUUUCGACCCCGAGCAGGCGCAGUUCAUCAACAUCUCGGGCUUCAAGGGACUGCACACCACCGAGAUCAUACAGGCCGUCACCGUAGAGGUGUCCGAGGACGGCAACGACAUAACGCGCACCUCGGCACUGGUGAACGAGGUGGUGUCCAAGAUGGCGCCGACCACCCAGUUCCUGGUGGACCGGCCCUUCCUCCUCUUCGUGCGGAGCAAGGCCACGGGUGCCAUCUUGCUCUUCGGGUGCGUCCGACAGCCGCUAGAGUGGCGCCCCGACAGCCCGGACAACUCGGCGCUGCUUUGAAUGUCGGCGCCACAAACUGUCCGCGAUAUCCGGGGCGGCUCACGGAAAAGCGGUGCACGCUAUAGACAUGCGCCCACUCUGUUCUUUAUUUUUGUUUAGUACGUUCAUUAAAAGGCACGCAUUUGGUGCUGCUGCGUGCUAUAAUUUAUUUUUAUUAUUUUUUUCACAUAGAGUGACACGUGCC